GUAUACACACCCACCCACAUACAAACACACACACACACUGGCCCUGAGCAAGAACUGUCAGAACUGGAACUUUGAGCUGUACUGUAGGUGGAAUGUCAAAGUGCUUGUGCGAAAGACAGAAAGCUGUAUAAGGCAUUAAGUGGCGUGAACUUUCAAGAAAGGAAAAGAGAUUUAAAGCAAACAAAAGAGACGGAUCCUACAAAUGUAACUUGGUUGAGAAGAGAAAGAAUCAAAGGUGUUGAGAAGAUGGUGCGGCAAUCUCGCCUAUGCAGGAGGGCCUUUCCUGAGCCUUGAUUCCAGUUUGAUUCCCUCAAGGGUUGAAUGGGAGAGACGGGCAAGAUGACGUCUGUACACACUCUUGGCCUGGUAUUGGUGGAGUUUGAAUAUGAAUAUGAGGGCCGUGAUGGCCACAUGGUGUGCAUUAAACCCAACGAGCGCUACAUCCUCCUGGCCAAAACAAAUGAUCACUGGUGGCAUGUGUGCAAAGAUGAACGAGCCAAGCCAUUUUAUAUCCCUGCGAAAUAUGUAAAAGAGCUUCCGCCCAACAUUCCUUCACCUCUAGACUACAGAGAGCCUCCAGGUCCUGAUGUGAAGCCUGCGGUGCCUGACCUCACCGAGACCCGCAAAGCAGAUGAGGUGACAAUUAGACUUCGCUCCAAAGGGAACUACCACAAGACAGAAAACCGCAUGUCAACGUUUGGGGUUCCUUUGGACUUACACGAGCCCCCUUCUUACAAACACGGCGGACCUUCAGAUUCUCUCAUCUCCCUGAGCUCGGUUUCUGCUUCAGAUUCAUCGAAGCAGAAGAAGAGGAUGAGUCAUGCACCUAAUCUGCUCUUCGGGUCUCAUAAUAAUCUACCAACCGAAUUGGUGCCUGAUAAAUUUAGAGUGCCGAGUUUCAGCCCAGCCGAUCCUCUACAUAGACCUAUCCCUGCCAAACCAGUGGAGAUCCCCAUCAUCAAGAACUUAAAUGAGACCAAGCCCCACCGGAAAUCUCCUGAAUUGGAGUCGCCGAUAGAGCCUGAAAGUGAAAGUUCCAGUUCAGAACCAAUGCCAUCACCAGAUUCUGAGAAUAUUUAUGAAUCCAUAUCUGACCUAAAUAUAGAUCUCUCAUUACUUACUGACAAGGAACCAGCUGGAUUGCCAGAUGCUCAGACCACCACAUCAUCCUUACCUCCAUCAAUAAAGACGGACAAUGAUCCCACCACAGCACUGUAUGCAAACGUUGCAGACAUAAAGAAGAACAUUCCUCGCUCCUCAAACUCCUCCGUCUCCACCUGCUCCUCUCCUGGCAUCACCCUCAGUCCUGCCCCAGACUCCAUCUCUCCGCCCAGCUCGGCCGAAUGGCGAGUUCACACUGACCACGACAGCGGUAAGGAGUUCUACUACCACCCGGCCACAGGACAAAGCAGCUGGUCUGACCCCCGCAGCCCUCAGCCGGGAGCAGGAAUGGAGUCUGUGAUGGCCCCCGUGCCUGCGUCCAGCCCACCCUCGGCACGCUCCGACUGGGAGCAGCUUUUGGAUGAGGCCACUGGGAGACAUUAUUAUUAUAAUCAUGCCUCCAAUGAAACUUCUUGGACUGCCCCUGAGCCAUCAGCACCUGCUUCCUCCAAGCAGGGGCCACACAGUCAGGACAAGGACAAAGAGCGGCCGCCUCCUUUGCCAGAAGAGGACUACCCAAAAAAUCAACAUGAGGAAUCUCAUAUUUCAUUUCAGCUCCCUAAGGAUUUCCAAUUGCCUCAAAUCAAGCGCGCCGUCAUCCCAAGGGCUGUUAUGGACACAAAUAAAGAUGUCCCCACGGGCUGGACUCAGUCUGUAGGGACUGAUGGGAAAUCUGUGUUCACAAGUGAACUCACACAUGAACAGUGGAUCCAGUCUAAAGAUGAAAAAGGAAAGUUGUAUUACUACUCAAAAGACGGGUCUAAAUGCCAGUGGACCCUUCCAGAGGCUUCAGUUCCACCCGGUCAGCCGAUGAAUGGAAAUGGAGUAGAACAAGAUGGUCCACCUGUUUUGAACAAUUGGAGAUACACUCAGUUCAACAUAUCUCAGGAGGACCUGAAAUUUUCCCCCUCGCACAGGCGGAUCGCCUCUGACAAUGCCAGUGAUGCAUCCAGCUCAGGGAAUUCACCAGAAUCACAGCACUAUGACAAAAAGUUCAGACGGCGGAGGAACCUGUCAAGUUACAGCACCGAUUCACAUUCUCAUCAUUCAUCACUGGAGAAGGCAGGGAUUCUCAACAAGACCAAAGUGGCUGAGAAUGGAAAAAGGCUGAGGAAAAACUGGGCUCAGUCGUGGACUGUUCUUCAUGACGGUGUACUCACUUUCCACAAAGACCCCAAAUUUGCACCUGCUGGGAUGUCUAGCAAGACCAAUCAGAUUGUCCCUGAGUACACUGUAGAACUAAAAGGGGCGACUUUAUCAUGGGCGUCUAAAGAAAAGUCAAGCAAGAAGAACGUUCUCGAGCUCAAGACACGUCAUGGCUCUGAGUAUCUGAUACAGUACGACACAGACAGCAUCAUUCAAGACUGGCAAAAGAUCAUUUUGGACACCAUCAAACUGCUGCAUGAACACGGCCAUAACUCAGAGGAUGAAGCAGAAGACGUCCCGGAAAAAUCUCCAUUGCCUGCAGAUAAAGAAAAGAAGCCUGAAGCUGCGAGACUGAGUUCUACAAGUAGCAUAGACACAGACCAGGGCCGUGUUCGCACCAAACUGCGCAAGUUUCUCCAGAGGCGGCCCACCCUGCAGUCCGUCAAAGAGAAAGGCUACAUUAAAGAGAAUGUGUUUGGCUGUCACUUAGACACCCUCUGUCAUCGAGAAAACACAACUGUGCCCAAGUUUGUGGAAAAAUGCAUCCGAUCAGUUGAGAAAAGAGGUCUCAAAAUAGAUGGAAUCUACAGAGUGAGCGGAAACCUUGCUGUCAUUCAGAAGCUGCGAUAUAAAGCUGACCAUGAGGAGGAUCUGGAUCUGGAGGAUGGCCAGUGGGAGGAGAUCCAUGUGAUCACUGGAGCUUUGAAGCUUUUCCUACGUGAACUUCCUGAGCCCCUUUUCCCUUUCAGCUUUUUUGAUAAGUUCAUCGCUGCUAUUCAAAUUAGUGACUACAGCCAGAAAGUUUCAUACAUUCGAGAUCUGGUGAGAAAUCUGCCUCUGCCCAACCACGACACCAUGGAGGUUCUCUUCAGACAUCUCCGCAAGGUGAUUGAGCAUGGUGAGAUGAACCGCAUGUCUGUCCAAAGCACGGCAAUUGUGUUCGGCCCAACACUGCUGAGGCCACAGGAGGAGUCCAACAUCACCAUGCACAUGGUCUUCCAGAACCAGAUUGUGGAGCUCGUACUCAACGAGUUCAAUGAGCUUUUCCAGACCAAAUGAAAUCUCCCUAUGGAAGGAAAGGAAAUGCAUUGAUCAAUGCCUUCAUUUCCAUUAUCCCUGAAAUAAAUGUCUGUCUUCUGAUUGGAUAUUGACUGCCCAGAUCAAUUAAUAAGUGCCUUCUGAAACAUCAAGAGCUUCUGCAUCUCGAAACUCUUGUUCCUGAAUGCCGUCUGUGUUAUUUUUUGGUACUGCCAAAAAACUCAAGGGAUCAUCAGCUGAUACGAUCAAAUGGAUUUUAAUAAGAACAUCUAGUUUAUCAAGGUGUUAUGCUUGGGAUGAGACAGCAGUAGAGUUCUCAGUUAGACAUUACUAUACUUAAAAUGGAUAUUAGGCAAGCAGAGCACGUGUGUAUAUGUUACUGAAUAAUAUACUGUAUAUUAUUGCUACUCACCCAAAACUGUUCCUGUGGAACAACAAAAGAGCUUUUAGUUAGCUAAACAAACAUUUAAUUGUAUUUUUUUCUGUGAGAUUUCUGCGCAGUUUUUGAACUAACAAAUUACCACAAGGUAUGGACAUUUGCCUCAUGUAUAAUUUUUUUCUCUGGAAAAAAAAUAAAAAGAAACUUCAGCUUUAAAGUGCUCAAUAAUCACUAAUGUGGAAAAAGCACUGGCUGUUGAACUUAUCUGUGGAUGAAAAAGGGGGGAAGGAGUUUUAUUAAUAAUACCCUGUAUGACUAACAUUCUUCCACUGUCUGUAAUUCUUCAAGCUCGAAUAUUGUCUAAAAAAACAAAAACAAAUGCUGACAGUACAAUGUACUGAAGUGAAAAUGGAUAUAAUGAACAUUAUGCAGCAGAGUAAAAUGUGCAUUUAAAUUGUGUUAAAUACAAACUGCAGAUGUAGACUAAAGCUGUACAUAUUUUAAAUAGGUUGUUUAUAUAAAAAUGUGGGUAAGAAAUAAUUAGCAGUUUUAUCACAGAGACAUGUUCUGUAAAUAAAAAGGAUAGCAUAUUUAAUUAUAUGCAAAUAUGUGCAUAGUUUUUACACUGGUAAUUACUGAAUAUACAGUAAAGGAAAUGGAUCAACAUGUUUUUAACAUUAUGAAAGUUCAUAUAUUUUGAAAAUAUGAUAACAUGUAUGUACGUCAGUUUUAAACAGUGAACAGAUAUCAUCACUUUACUAGAUUAACGCAAUGUGAGAAAUUAUAAAUAAAUAAUGGUGCCUUCUUUUUCACUU